AUGGGAUAUAAGAUAUAUUCUAACUCUGACUUAGUUCAAACAGUAACAUGGGCAAACUAUGAAUGGUUCGCUUUGAGAAACUCAGUACAACCACAAGCUAGAGAACAAACAGACCAGUAUGCAACCAUUGAGAAAAUAAGAAGACUUGACCCUAACGUUCCAGGAGUUUAUGUUAACCUUUCUGGACAAACUGCAGCAGCAGUAACCAAAGUAAAACUGAAACUUAGAGUUCCUUUGUCAUCUUUCCUCAUCUUCAGGUUUUUAAGAUACUUGCCAAACUGGGCAGGAAAAAUUUCUAUCGAACUUACUCCAAGCAAAAAUAACUUAGUCAUUGCACCAACACAAGACCCAUUCACUCUUACAGAAGUAGUGGGAACAAAUAAAAUGUCAUUCGCCGACUUUUGCAAAAACAAAGUUGACUUAGACUUUGGUUUCUCAAACCUCAACACUGAAGUAAACUAUUAUUUCAAUGCUGCUGGAGAUGCUUGGGACCCAGUUAAGUUCACAUGCGAAAAGUUUGAAUGCAAGAGAAUAGAAAGCAGACUUGCAGUCUAUAUGUUGGACCCAGAUAUUUCAAAUGCUUUAGCUGCCAAAUAUAUUGCAGUUCCACUUAUGUUCCCUAUACACCAAAUAUCUGUCAAAGACUUUGCAGGUGAAGUUGGAAACCAAAAUCCAGGAACCGCAGGUGCAAGAACAGAUAUUGCCUUAACAACUGCAAUGAAACAUGCAGAUACUAU